AUGGCAAUCUUCCUCCGUCUUAGCUCACCAAGUAUUGAAUUACUGCUGCAGUUUUCACAGUCGAUGGAGGAUUAUUUCCCUGCGUGGUUAAAGUGCCUUUGUUACUUUGUUGCACACAAGGAUUGCCUUCUCUUCACCACUGAUGAAUACCGCGCCACCACUGAUGACUACCGCGCCACCACUGAUGAAUACCGCGUCACCACUGAUGAAUACCGCGUCACCACUGAUGAAUACCGCGUCACCACUGUCACUCACAUUGGAAUGACAGAUGGAGUUUACCUGUGGAAGAACGGUAGUGUCACAGGUCAGAGGUCACAAGGUCAGAGGUCACAAGGUCAGUUGUCACAAGGUCAGAGGUCACAAGGUCAGUUGUCACAAGGUCAGUUGUCACAAGGUCAGAGGUCACAAGGUCAGAGGUCACAAGGUCAGAGGUCACAAGGUCAGUUGUCACAAGGUCAGUUGUCACAAGGUCAGAGGUCACAAGGUCAGUUGUCACAAGGUCAGAGGUCACAAGGUCAGUUGUCACAAGGUCAGAGGUCACAAGGUCAGUUGUCACAAGGUCAGAGGUCACAAGGUCAGUUGUCACAAGGUCAGAGGUCACAAGGUCAGAGGUCACAUGGUCAGAGGUCACGAGGUCAGUUGUCACAAGGUCAGUUGUCACAAGGUCAGAGGUCACAAGGUCAGAGGUCACAAGGUCAGAGGUCACAAGGUCAGAGGUCACAAGAUCAGAGGUCACAAGGUCAGAGGUCACAAGGUCAGAGGUCACAAGGUGAGUUGUCACAAGGUCAGAGGUCACAAGGUCAGAGGUCACAAGGUCAGUUGUCACAAGGUCAGAGGUCACAAGGUCAGUUGUCACAAGGUCAGAGGUCACAAGGUCAGAGGUCACAAGGUCAGAGGUCACAAGAUCAGAGGUCACAAGGUCAGUUGUCACAAGGUCAGUUGUCACAAGGUCAGAGGUCACAAGGUCAGUUGUCACAAGGUCAGAGGUCACAAGGUCAGAGGUCACAAGAUCAGUUGUCACAAGGUCAGAGGUCACAAGGUCAGUUAUCACAAGGUCAGAGGUCACAAGGUCAGAGGUCACAAGGUCGGUUGUCACAAGGUCAGAGGUCACAAGGUCAGAGGUCACAAGGUCAGAGGUCACAAGGUCAGAGGUCACAAGGUCAGUUGUCACAAGGUCAGAGGUCACGAGGUCAGUUGUCACAAGGUCAGAGGUCACAAGAUCAGUUGUCACAAGGUCAGAGGUCACACGGUCGGUUGUCACAAGGUCAGAGGUCACAAGGUCAGUUGUCACAAGGUCGGUUGUCACAAGGUCAGAGGUCACAAGGUCGGUUGUCACAAGGUCAGAGGUCACAAGGUCAGAGGUCACAAGGUCAGUUGUCACAAGGUCAGAGGUCACAAGGUCGGUUGUCACAAGGUCAGAGGUCACAAGGUCGGUUGUCACAAGGUCAGAGGUCACAAGGUCAGAGGUCACAACGUGAGUGA